AUGGCGCUGAGCACCCUCAAGCCCCUGACCGCGCCCAAGGCGCUGGCCGGAUCCAGGUUGUCCGCCAAGAACGGAGCGUCCGUGGCAGUCGCGCGCCCAAGGACGGUCGCCGUCCGCGCGGAUGCCGAGGACGUGAGUCGCCGCGCGGCGAUGGGAAUGCUCGCCGGCGGGGUGGCAAUGAUCGCGGGCGCCAGGCCCUCCGAGGCGGCCUACGGCGAGACGGCCAACGUGUUUGGAUCGAUCACCAACCCGUCGGGGUACAUACCCUACUCUGGCGACGGCUACGUGGUGCUGCUGCCCUCCAAGUGGAACCCGUCGCCAGAGCGCGACUUCAAGAACAUCGACAUGCGGUGGGAGGACAACUACGAGCCCCUGUCCCACGUGCUGGUGACCAAGAGCAAGGCCAGCAGCGGGUCGAUCGAGGGGUACGGGUCCCCGGACGCCUUCCUGAAGAGCAUUGGCAACUACCUGGGCGAGUCCGUGUGGAUCAGCGAGGGCGUCACAGAGUCCGAAGGCGGGUUCGGCAAGAACAAGGUGUCCGCGGCGUCCCUGCUGGACGUGUCCACCGCCAAAGACAAGAAGGGCAAGUCUUACUACAAGUACGAGCUGUUCGUGAGGGCGGCCGACGGCAAUGAGGGCGGCCGCCACGUGCUGCUCACCGCGGCCGUGGGUGGCGGCAGCCUGUACAUCCAGAAAGUGCAGUGCGGCGACAAGCGGUGGAUGAAGGGUGGCCCGCGGGUGGACGCCGAGACGGUGCACAACUCCUUCGCCGUGGCUUGA